UUCGCCGAUUGCCAGUGCCAAUGGCGCUGCUUCAGGACUUUUGUCGGUGUUUGUUAUCUUCUUUGCUGCAUCUUUCACUCCGCCGAUUCACAGCUCGCUGAUCCAAAUUUCAAGGAGCCAAUUAUGAACGUGACGGCACCUGUUGGCAGAGAAGCUAUACUCACGUGCACCGUAAAAGAUCUCGCUGGUUACAAGGUCGCAUGGCUUCGGGUCGAUACGCAAACAAUAUUGACAAUCGCGAAUCACGUAAUAACAAAGAAUCAUCGAAUUGGCGUGACCCACAGCGAGCAUCGGACGUGGUUUUUGCAUAUAAAAGAAGUUAAAGAGACCGAUCGCGGCUGGUAUAUGUGUCAAAUAAAUACUGAUCCGAUGAAGAGUCAAAUAGGUUACCUUGACGUUGUCGUUCCACCCGACAUAAUUGACUACCAAACGAGUACGGAUAUGGUCGUCAGAGAAGGUACUAAUGUUACUUUACGCUGUGCAGCCACAGGCUCGCCAGCUCCUAAUAUACAGUGGCGCAGAGAAGACGGAAGGCCGAUUUCCCUUAGUCCCACAAGAGAAGUACAAAAUGUUGAGGGGUCUCAUUUCAACCUCACCAAGGUUAACCGACAGCACAUGGGUCCGUACUUAUGCAUAGCAUCGAAUGGCGUACCACCAACAGUCAGUAAAAGGAUUAUACUAGUUGUUCAAUUUCCCCCAAUGAUUUGGAUACCGAAUCAACUGAUCGGUGCACGAGAAGGUCAGCAAGUCACGCUCGAGUGUACAUCGGAGGCCUAUCCGAAAUCCAUCAAUUACUGGACACGUGAUAAGGAUGAAAUUGUACCACAAGGUGACAAGUAUGAACCUACGGUGACAGACACCGCUUAUAAAGUUCACAUGAAGCUCACGAUAAAAUCGGUCGGCCCUUCUGACUUCGGAACGUACAAGUGUGUCUCCAGAAACUCUCUCGGAGACACGGAUGGCAGCAUAAAAUUAUACCGUAUACCUCCAAGCUCAGGAUAUCAUACAACUGACAACGUAGCGAGAAAUAAAGGAAAACAGAGAAAGAAUUCUAGUAACAACAUUCUCGAGGGAAAUCAGGAUAUGCUGAAGGAACGAGAUCCAAAGCAACGAGAUGAUGACGAAGACGAAGAAGACUGGGAAGAUUCUGGAGUGAGCUCAAUGUUACUUACGGUACCAAGCUUAAGUACCGUUUUGUGUUGUUCAUUUGUAUUUUCGAUGUUUUUGGAGUAUUUUCAACGCUGCCUAUUACCGAUUCCACGCUCGAUCAAUUCCAACGAAUGAUGUCAGCUUCCAAAGGUUGAAGUAACAGAGAGACCAUCACCCUCCUUAGUCUAGUGAACAGGGCUUUUUUAUAUUUGAGCAACUUAACAUUGAUAGCUGGGGUUCAAAUCUCUGAUGAGUCAAAAAUUUUCAUGUACAUUGUUAGAGAUAGAACCGCAGCUUUAAGUGAUUCAAAUCUCACUCAAAACUGUCGAGUAAUUCGUGGUGCUUCUAAAAUCUAAGUGAUAUCACUGAUGCACGAAUUGCGAUUAAAAAGGGACGCAAAAAAAUUAAAAUGUGAAAAUUUCGAUGCUCAAAUUAUGAUUCUACUCUAUUUAUCAGAGAUUAAAGUCAAUAAAUAUUAAAGUUAUAUGGCAUCAGCAGCUUACAUCACAUAUAUUUUAAGAAAAGUUGAGUUAAACAAUAUAACAGUGGUAAAAGAUGAUUAGAUUUGUACUUAAAACUCAUUUUUCAAAAGUCAUCAGUAAAGUAUUAGUUAUUGUAAUAAAUUGUGCAUUUCCGUAAAGUCCACAGUGCUUCAAAAAAUUGCACUCAAUAUGUUUUUUUCCAAUUUUAUCGUAAUAUAUAAGAAAAAUAAAUAAAAAAGAGAGACUUAUUUUUAAAGCAUAAAAAGUUGAAGAUAGAUAGAACAGCUUUCAAGCUUCUCUUAUACUCUUUUCUGGUAUAUGAGGUUUGGAAAUCAUACAAAUGUAUAUAGGAUUCUCCGCGUGUGGUUGUAUAAAAAUGAGAUAUUCAGACCCAUAUUCGAAACCAAAUAUAUAAAUUUCAUACACACAUUUGUAAAAUACACAAAUUAUCUAGAAAGAUAAAAAAAUGGGAAAGAGCAAGUUUCAGAAAAAGUUUCGAGUGCUGGGAUCAUUUACAAAAAUACACAGUACAUCAUACAAGACAAAAAAGCAUAUUUUUAAAUGAUGUGAUUAAAAAUUAUAAAAAAAAUAUACGCAAGAAAGAUACAUACAUGAAAGGUAUGACACGAAUAAAACUUCCAAAUAUAAUUAUCAUCAUAUCGUAAAAUGCAAGUGUAAAGUAUACUGUCUCAAUUUAAAAAAUAAAAAGAGACUUGAAUAACUUGUCCAUAGAAGGUAUUCUUGAUGAAGGUAGUAAUGUAAUGAUUAUGUUAAAAAAAUAAGAUGAAAGUAAAUAAUUUAUUAAAAUUUUAAUUUCAAAUGAUAUUGAAUAUUUAAAAAAAAAUUGAACUGAUUUACCGCGGAUAUGCACAGCUUAUAAAACUCAAUCCCCACACAUUAUCAAUUUGCAAGGGUGAAUCAAUUAUGUGCCCGUUUUUAUUAAAUCAGACUUAUUCACGAUGAAUAAAUCUAAUGCGCCAACAACUUUGGAUGAGACACUCACCAUUUGCAGUAGCUCAUAUAACAUGGGAGAGAGAGAGCUCACUGCAGCCGUCCUUUUCAAGCUACUUCGCGCGGAACUAAAACUAUUCUAUUGUCGAUCUAGAGGCGCUUCAUACAUGCGCAUACAUUGUAGUAUAUGCCACCGUGCUCGGUGAUUCGACCUGCACCCUCCUUUCCCCAAGGGGUCUCGUCACGUGGAAUAAAUAAAUCUGUAUCGUUGUUACAUAAUUUCUGCACGCGUGCGCUUUGUUCCAGUCCCCGUUAUCUCGGCUUUUUUGAUUCUUCGCGUUUCGCUCGAAUGGUAAUGAUUAUUUCAAAUCGGACAACCAUGGCUAACCCUUGAAAUAUUAUGAAUUGAUAAAUUAUUUUACUUUCAUGUUGAAAGCGUUUGUAAGAGUGACAUUUAAAAUGUAGCAAUAAGUUAAGAUUCACAUCGAAUUAUUAUUUCCAUAAUGUGUAAUUUUAAACUUUAUUUGAUAAAAUUAUAAUCAAUAUUUUUCAAGAUUGCCUCCAUUCAUAAAACGAAUAAUGUAUAUCAGCAAGAAAGAACGUUCAAAAGGUUAUGAUAUUGUAUAUGUAUGAAUAUAUAUUGUUAACAAACAAAACACAUCACAACACAUUGUACAUACAGUUUUAGACUCGGACAACAAUAUUACAUAAUUUUCUGUGAUUGGUUUUUCAAUCAUUUCAAUAGAGUUUUAUUUCGGCACUAUGGUAAAUACACAUAAUAUAAAUGCACGUGCUGGUAUUAUGAAUGCUUAAAAGUGUAUAAAGGUCAUAAAAAUGUUAGUUACUUGUUUAUUGUCAAAACGAGUACUGUAACGUUCAUGUAUACUGCUAAUAUUUACGGCAAAAACUUGAAUAUAUACAUCCGUAAAUUUUAUAUUCAGACCGGAAGAGGGUUUGAUGAUCAUAAGCUUCCUUUUAUAAAAUAUUUUUAAUACAAUAAAUUGUUCUAUACUAUAAUUUUGAUACACCGAAUCUUGAUCAUUUUGAAUCUGGAAGCAAAAUAU